AUGUCCGGCUGGAUGAGUGGCAUCUCCGACAUGGUGAGCUCGGUCACCAACGCGAUGGCCAGCUCGCUCGGGCUGUCGGAUCUCGAGACGGUGGAGCCCGAGGUCAAGGACGAGUCCGCGGAGGCAACGGGCCUCGCGGACAAGAGCCUCGCCAACGACCGCCAGGACUUUUUCUCGCAGGUCAAGGGGAUGCUGGGCAAGGACGUGAUGUCGCUCCUGUCGGUGCCGGUGUACUUCAUGGAGCCGUUCUCGACGCUCCAGAAGAUGGCCGAGAUCAUGGAGUACCCGGACCUGCUCGACGCGGCCGCCGCGGCCCCGGACGAGGCCACCCGGCUGGCGUACGUGGCGGCGUUUGCCGUGUCGAUGUACCCGUCCUGCGAGCGCACGUGCAAGCCGUUCAACCCCAUCCUCGGCGAGACGUUCGAGUACUACGACGACGACCACGGCAUCACGUUCCUCGCCGAGCAGGUCUCGCACCACCCGCCCAUCAGCGCCGCGCACGCCGAGGCCGACCAGUGGACGUACCACAUCGUGUCGGCGCCGCGGACCAAGUUCCUCGGCAACUCGGUGGAGAUCUUCCCGCUCGGCCGCACGCGCAUCACGAUGAAGGCCUCCGGCGACACGUACUUCAUCGUCCCGCCCACCACGCGCGCCAACAACAUCAUCGUCGGGUGGCCGUGGAUCGACUCGUACGGCACCAUGACCGUCGGCGCGUCCAGCGGGUACAGGUGCGAGCUCGAGUUCGUCCAGUGCGGGUGGACGGGCGCCGGCCGCUGGGAGGUCAAGGGCUUCGUCGUGGACCCCUCUGGCAAGAAGGUCCUCAAGCUGUGGGGCCACUGGAACAAGGAGCUGUUCCUCGCGCCGUGCGACGAGGGCGGCGCGGUCGAGGCCGGGGCGGAGAAGCGGAUAUGGCAGGCGUCGGAGAAGCCCGCGGGCGACAAGUACGCCUUCACGCACUUUGCGCACAAGCUCAACAGCGCCAAGGGACUCGCGGCGCUUCUGCCGUCGGACGGGCGCCGGCGCCCGGACCGGUACCUGCUCGAGAAGGGCGAGACGUCGGCGGCGCAGGCCGAGAAGGGCCGCCUCGAGAACCAGCAGCGCCGCGAGAAGGCCGAGCGCGAGAAGCGGCAGGACAAGUGGACGCCGCGGUGGUUCAACAUGGUCACCGAGGGCUUCAACACGUUCCCGGGGGAGCCCAGCCCCGAGGAGUUCCCCACGUGGGAGUGGAAGGGCCGCGCGUUCCGCGGAACGGGGCCCGCGGGGGACGCCGACGAGGCGCAGGAGGGCAAGGGGUUCGUGCCGUGGUGCUACCCGGAGCUCGAGGGGGCCGCCGAGCCGGCGCAGGAGGCGGAGAAGGAGUAG